CUUUGCGGGCGUAAGCUGGGAAGGCGGCCAUUUACGUGGUCCAUGAAAAAGGUGGAAAGCUGUUAGCACAAGCUGUGCGCAAAAUGAAACCAAAAAGAAGCCGUCAAAAGCGAUCUGAAUCGCUAAAUUGAUUCGAGAAAUUUCCCAUCGAAUUCUCCUCGCCAUUUCUGUCUUGCAUAGAAGAACACAGUUAGAAAAACAAAACAAAUGCGAGCGCGAAAAGCAUGCUGGUUGCACAGGCCCCUUUAAAGUGUAUUUUCCUACCUGAAUUGUUUACUCGUCUAAUGGUUUUCUUAAUAAAGUUGUUUUCGUUGACACAUAUUCAAAUGUACCUCUCUUUAUCAGCUGCAGAAAAAUUGUUUUGCAGAAUAUGUGAACUUGCCCCUUAAGACUUUAAACUUAUUUAUUAAAAUUAUUUUAAUAAAGUAUCUAGAUUUGUAAGGUUUAUGAGACCAAAAUCUGGAAUAGUCUAAUUAGACUAUUUCAACUACAACAAAUAUAUCAUAUACAACUUAUAAUGUCACCUCUGCCCUCUUUUAUUGUGAAAUUUAGUUAUCACCAAUUUGCAUUUUUCCUCAGCUGUAGAGGCUUAUUACAAUUUGAUAUAGAUCUGUUUGAAAAGUCAGACCCCUAAAGCACGCCGUUAAGUAUAGGUUCAUUUUUCAAAAGAUAGACAUAAGUUUAGAAUUUGCUUUAUACUGAAUUUAAGAAAAAAAUCAUCUGCAAAAAAUAAACUUUGGUUCAUGGGCGUUUCCUAUUGAAUAAGGGCAUGGUCCUGUCCAUACAGCAGGACCAACAAUUUUUGGCUAGCUUAGCAACUGGUACGCAGUCAUUCCAUUGCUGAUUUGCAUUUCAGCAAAGCAACUUAACAGAGCAGGGACACCUACGUUCAGGUAUCAAGGCACCUGUUAAAUGACCAGGUACACGUAUUUAAACAUCGAAUGUUGGUUAUAUGUAAUCAGAUUCAUACAUUCCCAGCGUGUGUAAAAUGCUUAUUCUUGGGAUAUUAUAAGAUUUUCCUUGUGAACGUCUCCAUCGGCUGUUGUGUUGGAUGCUGAGUAGUAAAUUUUGCCGUUCCAUCAUUCUUCUAUGAAAGAAUAAUCUGAAAGAAGCAAGAUUUGGUUUGGAAGAAGAAAACAGCACCAAUUGAAGAACCAAAAAUCUUCAAAGCUACGAGCAGUAUAUAUUGUUUGAUAGAUGGCAAUGUAUUUGGCAAUGGAGCUGUUUGCAGUUACAAAGAUCCUUACAUUUGCAUUUGUUUUCCAAAGAACGAAAGCUACAAUCCACGGAAUCUUUGAAGUUGCUGCACACGAGAAAAUUUUCAAAGAAGCAUUGAUUAAGCUUAAUAUCAGUACUAUAAAUGCCUCUUCACACUUUGCACUAAACUUGAGUUUAAGCCAAUUUGUGGACAAGGGAAAUGACAUUGCAAAAGAGUUGAAUGGACAUGGAAGAAGCGGCAGAUAUGUCCUUAAUGACUUAAGCAAUGUCAAAAACCAGAUCUUCAGAGAAAUUUCGAAUCAUGCAAAAGGCAAUGAAAGAAUUCAUACAGAUAAUGCUUUUAGUGGCCUUGACCGGAUUACAAACCAUUUAUCUGAAGUUGACGACCUGGUAAAGUUGGUCAAUCUAUAUCCUCUCCCAUCUAAAGGAAUAUCCGUCGUAGUGGAUGACUCGCAAUUUGGACGUGCCUCGCUUACCCGCAUUGUUGAGAAAUGCGCAGAGUAUGGCCUAAAUAUUACAGGCAUGCAAAUGAUAAGCAAUGUCAAUAAGAGGACCAUAUUUGCCUUAAAUAUUCACAAAAGCAAUGUGCUUGUUGUUGAUGCUGAUGAAAAGAAAACGGUUAAAAUCGUUAACAUGGUAAAACACUUGGGCGUGGCAGGGUAUCGCGAGGAGUUGCAUUGGAUGAUGACCACACGAUCUACUGGACAACUCCACAGGCAAUGCAACUUGCUUCCUCACAUAUAUCGAUAUAUAGAUAACGUCCCUGUUUCCGUGUCUUCCGACUACAUCGUAGAGAAGAUUCAGCGACGAAACUUGGCUAGUCUAAAUCGGAAUCGCAAUGGCAUUGCAGGAAAAAAAUCAACUGUCAAAGAACUUAACACCCACACUCGAUCGUGGUUUACUCUGAAUGCGCUAACAAUACAGCCUGAAAAGCAUUCUCACUCCACAAGCAAAGGUGAAGAUUUGCAGCCAGUGGUUCGAGUGGCAAUCGCGCACACCACUGCACCCUGGGUGAUUGUGGAAGAGGUGAGUAAAACACACACCGACCGAGCAGCAUGUGGUCGUACUGGCAUGUUGGGAAAGAAGUUUGUCAAUGGAACAGACACUGUGAAGAUAUGUGCUUAUGGCUAUGUCAUCGAUUUACUAAAUCUUUUGAAAACAAAGCUCCAUUUUGAGGCUGUAAUUUCCACCUCAAGAGACGGAAAAUAUGGAUCUUAUGACUUAGAAACAGGUGAAAGUGAUGGAAUUGUUAGAGAAGUGCUUGAAAACAAAGCCGACAUUGGCAUAGAUCUAACCGAGAACAAAGGGAGAUCCAAAGCACUGUGGUUCUCAAACCCCCACCUUAUUGCUCCGAUUGCCAUAGCCUACAUACAGAGAAGCAGUUUUGAUGAAUCGAGUAUUUUUGGCCCUUUCAGUAACAAUCUUUAUAUCGGAAUAAUUGGAAUGAUUGUAGGGCUAGUUGUGAUCGUUUUUGUAAUUGAACGUGUCAGUCCUUACAGUGGAUUUCAAAUAGAAAAAAGAUGUUUAGUCGACAUGGAAGACUUUGGUACUUUGGAAAGUGCAACGUAUGUAUGGGGCACCUUAUUUACAGGCGAAAUAAUUGAAAAGAAACCGAAAUCAUCUGGAAGUCGGACAAUGGUACUUGCUUUCUCUUUUGUAUCCGUUGUUAUGAUAUCGGCAUAUUCUGGAAACCUUAUCACCUACCUGGUAGUACUGGAUGAAACACCCCUAGUGUCAGGAUUGCUUGAUCCAAAGAUAAUCGAAAAAGAAAGUAUGAUGAAAAUUGGGAUCCCUGUUGGUACAUUUGUUGGUGGAUUGAUCAAGACACAUUCAGAUGCCAGAGUUAGAAAUAUUUAUGGAAGACUGACACACUGCCCGAGCUUGGAUGAAUGUGUGAAAAAAAUUAAGCGCAAGGAAAUAGACCUACUUAUGAAUGACGGUCCAACUUUGAGAUAUUAUGCGUCAAUCGAUCAUAGCUGUUCUUUGAGAGUCAUGGAUCUGACAGAACGAGAUCGUGCGAUAGGAAUCGUAGCACGCAAAAAUUGGUCAUGGAGGAGAAGGAUCAACACAGCUAUCAAUCAUAUUGUUUCAUCUGGUAAUGCUGACUACAUUUAUGCCAAAUGGCUGGGAAAACUUCCUUGCAAAAGAACAAACACUUUCUUUAGCCUUGAUAUCAUGAGACUAAAGCAUCUGUUCGUCUUGCUUGCAGGCUUUAUGGCUGGGUGUAUUCUUGUAUGCUUAACUUUGAGAAUUUUUUGCAAGUUUUACACGAAGAAGAAAGAUGACACAGAUAAAGAAUAUGAUUGAAUUUAAAAUCAACAAUUUGUUAAAAAGUCCGAUCCUAAAACAGGAGCUUUUAAUCAAAUUUCAGCCAGGAGAUUUAAGGGAGGUUCGGGAAAUUGAUAAUUGCAUCAAAAUUCUUUUAGGGAUCAGUAGUAGCUGUCUUGCAAUUAGAGGUGUACUGACCCAUCUCGCGUGAAAAACGUACAUAAAUGGAUAAAAUAUAAGAUUUUUCUAUUGAUAUCUCUAUAUUGGAAAAUAUGGUUGCGUACUGUAUGUUCCUUUAUUUAAAAUCUGAAAAAGUCGGGGGGACUGAACAAUAGCACUCAAAAUCACAAACAACUUUCUAGCCAUCCUUUCUUCUAAAAAAGUUAUUUAGGGACCAUAUCAACUUACUAACUACGGGGGCAAAUGCCCCUGCAGCCCAAGUGACUUCCCUUUGUUUAUAACAAUAGGCUAUUGUCCUCUUCUUGAUAUUAACAAAUGCUUGCCCUGCAACCAAUUUCUCUCCCUAAAGGCUUUGGAGCUAUUGGAAUAAAAGUAGGUAGAAACAAGACAUUGAUUAAGUGAUAGGUAUUAAUGAUGAAAUUAGAUAUCGUCAUAUUUAUAGCUAAGUAUAUCUUUUAGAAAGAAGUGAUCUCCUUAUAAAACAACUUAAAUGCUGGAUGCCUUUAUCCCUACCAGGACAAACUGCAAGGGUAUAGAUGGUAUAUUAUUGCAAUAAUUUGAAGUUAUAGCUUAGAGUUAAUUUUACGUAAUUUUCGGUUUUUUAAAGUUUUGGAAUGGUGGAACAUACCACAUUCAGCUAGCAGCGAGAAAUAUGUACGCACACGGUAGUAUCUUUCCAGUUUUUGGCGUUAAAGAACUUGAAAAUGGCUUAAGUAAACAUUUUAUAACAUGUUGGCUUAAAGACCGGUAUAGUUGUCCAAUCAGUGCCACGUGCCUAAAGAAAAUUUACCACUAGAGUCCAAGAGAGAAAACGAACUCCUUCUGUCUACAAAAAGCCGCCAUUGUUAGAUUGAUCGACAAUGGCUUUUUCCAAGGUCAGAAGAAGAUGAUCAGGACACCAUUUUAAAAAAACGUUUAAAGGCUAAAAGGCCUUGCGUUCUUUAACAUUUAAAAAAGAAAAAAAUAUUUUGCAAGAUGAUCCCCUCCUCGAGGUUUUCAACCACCAACUGUUCAUGGGAUUGUAACUGUAAUGCCUUUUGUGCACUCUUUAUCACAGACGUCGUAAUCUGUAAUAUUGAAAACUAGACAUUCAGAUUAUUUCAUGUUUCGUUUAAUGUUAUUCUUUCAACACCAUUUUUCUUGCCCUUUCGUUUGUAAACGUGCAAAUAAAACGUAUUUACCUGUUUCAGUAAAAUGAAAUCAAUAUUGUUUUUAAAUAAAAAACUCAAAUUCUGGUGAAGUACCGUCCAGUAUAAAGCAUGCUGUUUGUUUGGACUAUUUCUACUUUGCUUUUGAAAUCGUUAUUCCGCAUUUGUAAUCCUUUGUAAUUCUGCACUUGUAAUCUAUGGUAUCCUUUGAACAAGCAGAAAAUUUCGAUUCCUACAAUAUAUCCUAACUUAUGAGAAGAAUUUGUUUUUCUCGAAAAUUCUACUUUAUGCAUUGGAAUUUUAUGGAUUGAUCCAAUUUAGCAUUCUUAAUUAGAAAUUGGACUGAGGUGAAUGAUAGCAGAAACAGUAUGUAAAGAAAUACCUAAAGUUGGGAGCAUAAUACCUUUGAUUUUUGCUUGGCAAAAAACAACCUCAGCAACCUCUUAGCCUUUUAGAUGAAAAUUGACGUAACCAAAAUGCUAUGUCUUAAUUUUAUCUGUUCAGGGAAAUAGACUUACUUCUGUCUGACAGUCCAAUUGAUCUAGUUUUUUAACACGUUUAACUAUCUUUUUGUCUUGCUUUUAGACUUCAUGGCUAGAUUAAUUGUUAUUUUUUUAGCUUUGAGAAUCGCCAGCAAGUUGUACCAAAGAAGAUGACAUAACGAAGGUUAUGUCCUUUUAGGUAGGAAAGGAAUUGAAGGGAUUUGUUGAACUUGGCAACAUCGGCAUGUUUAAAAAGGUAUGUAGAUAACUGUAGAUUAUAUUCAUAGAGAAUCGUCAGGCGAAGGGAAUUAAAAAAACUGAUUGUAGCAAAGUAAAUAAAAUAAAAUUAUUCUGAAUUAUACGAGAUGGUUUUCCCUUCAUCGAGAAGUAAACUUCUUGUAGAACUGUUAAAAUUCCAACUAAAGAUGGAUGCGUGUACUUCUUGGAGAG